GCCGGUUACGUUGGAGGAACCUAGCCUCUCUGAACACACUCUUCUUCUGGUCUUUCGAUCAUUUCACUUGGUCCAAAGAGUCCGGUAUCUGAACCUGAAUUUUGAAGCCAUGUCCUUUACCAAGACAUAUUUCCUGUGUCCGACGUCCGAUUUCAUAUCUCCACCACCAAGUGGCCCGCUAUGUCUUGGGUCUAUAAUCCGCUCCACGUCAGCACCGCAAUACCCUCUGAACAGAGGGCGCGUUGUUACUGUAGCUAAUGCACUCCCACCUGUCGUGGAGACCGACUGGAAGAAGACUGUUUCAACCGAGACGGGGCUCGGUUUGGGUGUCUAUGCACAGUUCCUGCAGCUGGCUACUGGUGGACUACCCUUUGGUCCUGAGGUGCACGUUGGGCAUUCAAACAAAACGGCAAAUAUGUUUGCGUUCGACACGGUGACGACGUUGGCGUUUGAGCCGACUCAGGAAUACGUGGAAGAGGCUAUCAAAGCACCAGCCGUGCAGACAUGGCUGAGAGAGCCUAGGCAGAAGUUCGCACUCGUCAGCGAGCUUUUCGUCGUUACGGGCAUGAAGCUCGUCAAGGGCGCCAAGAUCAAAUACUCGACUUCACAGAGCACGACGGUUAGGGGGAACCUCGGCAUCGACGUGAACACGCUGGGCACGAUCUUUGGGCCAAGAGGCCAAUGGACUAGUGCGAAUGAUGAUGCGACGGAGUCCAAUCGCCAAUCGGAAUUUGUAUUUGCGUUCCGCGUGAAGAGGCUCAGGUUUGGGCGCAGACUGAAGCUCGAAGAGUUCAAUAAGGGCGCAUUUAUGACAGUUGGCGCGACAAAAGAUGACGAGGAUUGUGUUUUGGUUGAGGACGUGGAUGGAGCUGAUAUCAGGACUGCUGAGGCUGUUCCAGAUGUGACCGACAAUGGCAACGUAUAUUGCGUUCCCGCUUAAUCCUGCCAAACGAAUCUUGGACUACAGCUGAGAUAGUUAUCAAUGAACCUUGUGUGAU